GUAAUAUCUCCUCAGCCAAUAACUCUGUACGGGAGGGGAGGAACACAUGAUGACCCGUGAGGCUAUCUAAGGAAUUUGAGAAGAGCCGCUGCCUGCUGCACCGACGCUCCAGUCGCGUUUCUUUAGGAAUGAAUAAAUGCUUCUCGUCCGACACACGGUGAAGACAUGAAGAGCGGCGCGCAGCUCGGCGCAGAUCUCUCCACAUGAACGCGCACAAUAUCACGAUCAGAUGACAGUAACACGUGUUGUCAUAUUGCGCUGGCUCUAGUCCAAAAUUAAUCCAGGAUUACACUUUAACACACCGAGAACUCAAUGACUAAUAAGCGCAACUGACCGAGGCCGUUUCAUUUGCCGAAGACUUCUGUUAUAUAACAAACUAUAUCAAAAAGAAAAUUCAAACAGUAAAAAUGAGGUCUAAAGGAGUGUUUUUGCUGAUGUUGCUGGGGGCGUUGACAGCUUAUUAUGUUUAUUCACCUAUUCCGAAUAACAUAGAGGAGAGAUGGAAACUAAUGCUGACCGACUCUUUCUUCCGAAGUUUAAGUCACUUGGCAGAUCUUAGUGAGCAGGUGGGACUUUUGGACUACAUGAGAGUUAUGAUGUUCAUCACCUUUGCAGAAAGGGUGGUGCCUAUAUCAGAUGAGCGGGUGCGUGUGGCUGAUGAUCAUUUUGAUGGAGUUGAGGUGGUUGUGUAUCAGCCAACCCAGCAAGGAGAAUCUGAAGAGCUAAGAAGAGCAAUCAUUUACCUGCAUGGAGGAGGAUGGUGUCUGGGCAGCUCCCGUAUGGGCCCCUAUGAUCUCUUAGCCAGGCACAUGGUUACAGAGCUCAGUGCAGUUAUUGUAUCUGUAGAGUACAGACUUGCCCCUGCUUAUCAUUUUCCUGUUCAAUUUGAGGAUGUGUAUCGUGUGGUGAAGUACUUUCUUCAUGCUGAUGUUCUGAAGCGUUACCAUAUCAAUCCAGAACGGAUCGCAGUGUCUGGAGACAGUGCAGGAGGCAAUCUUGCAGCUGCAGUGGCUCAGCAGUUGCAGCAGGAUCCAGACCAGCACAUCCAGUUGAAGGCCCAGGCUUUGAUCUACCCCGUCCUGCAAGCCUUGGAUCUUAACACCCCCUCCUACCAGCAGAACCAGCACAUGCCAAUACUGCCCCGCACACUUAUGGUGCGGUUUUGGAGCGAGUACUUCACCAGCGAUAAGUCAUUUUUCAGAUCCAUGAUGACCAACACACACAAUAACCCUGAUUCAGCUGCUCUGCUUAAAUUUGUCAAUUGGAGUUCAUACUUACCUGAUGCUUAUCGCCAGGCAUACAAUUACAGUGCCCCACUUGUGUUCACUGGAAAAUCUCCAGUCCACUCUAUCGGUCCCCAUCACCUGCUUUCAGAUCCGCGAGCAUCGCCAUUGCUGGUUCCAGACACAACUUUGCGUUUACUGCCGAAGGCCUACGUUUUGACGUGCGAGUAUGAUGUACUGCGGGAUGAUGGCAUGAUGUAUGUGACACGCUUGCGUAAUGCAGGAGUGGAUGUCACACAUGAACAUUAUCCUAGUGGAUUUCAUGGUGCACUCAUGUUUACUGUGUGGCCCACAGACUUUGAGAUCGGACAUAGAAUGUUGGACAACUAUGUAACAUGGCUUAAACUAAAUUUAUAAGAGUAAUGUAGAGUUCAGCAUUGCUUCAUGCACGUUUUGUUUGACUGGUUAAGAUCAUAUUUCGUUUAUCUGUUGUUUUAUCUUAAAAGGGGUACAGUUUUGUUUGUAUUAAUCUAUUAGGAUAUAAACAUUCCUCUUAAAACCAAGUUUGGUCUUCACAAUUUCUUAAGGCAAAUUAUAAUUAGAGUGUUGAUGAAAUGUAUCCAUUACUUUUCCAUGUUUAACCAUUUGAAACUUUUCAACAGCGUUUACUGUAUGUUUCUAUUGAAGUUGUUCAACAUGUGAACACGACAAAGGUCUUAUGUUCUUAUUAUACAUUUCUCUUGAUCCCCUGCUUAAAUGACCCGUAGCUCAAGGAUAUAGCAAUCACGUUCUCAUAAACAAUGGAGAGUGCAAUUUGGUUGUUGUAUUUUUCUCUAAACGAAUUACCACUGAUGGUUAGGUUUAGGACUAGGGGUUGUGUUAGGAAAUAUGGUUAAUAAAAUAUGCAUUCCUGUUGACUGUAUGGUGACAUCAUUUACAACUAAAACUACAACUAAAUUCUUAAGAAAUCGGUCAACAACACUUCCAGCUUCGGCCACUAGGAACAGUGGUUUCAAUUUCGGCAAUCACAGACCAAUUUUAGCAGCAGAACUUUCUCCAAAAACCACCCAAUUCACAGUGUUAUUAGUCUGGACCAAUAUACCAACAUCUCAUGCUGAAGGCCAACAUCAAAA